AGAAGAGUACUACAAACCGACAAGCGGGGAAGGAAGCAGAAGCCAUGAAAACGCUACCGAAAGUCCAAAACAGACAAAGUGCGCAAACCUGGUGACAGCACUCUUUAGAGGUGACGUGUUUGUUAGCAAUUGCCACUGUGUUGUUUCGUUCGUGUUCAUAGCAAUAAGCUAAGCACAGCAAAGAAACCAAAUCAAAUCAAAAGAAUAAUCAGAAGAAAGAAGAUGGGAAUGGCGGUGGCGAGUGACGAUUUGCUGAGCAAGAAAGCUGCGGCGAUGAGAGCGUCUCUGGAGAGAAGCCAAGCCAUCACAGACGACGUCGUCUCGAUUCUCGGCUCCUUCGAUCACCGCCUCUCCGCCCUCGAAGCCGCCAUGCGCCCCACCCAGAUCAGAACACAUUCUAUUCGGAAAGCCCAUGAGAAUAUUGAUAGGACUUUGAAGUCUGCAGAGGCCAUAUUGGCUCACUUUGAUCAAUAUUAUCAGGCAGAAGCAAAAAUAGUUAAAGGACCACAUGAAGAUGUGAAGAACUAUCUUGAAGCAAUUGAUCAGCUGAGAAGAAACAUUAGAUUUUUUGGUAAUAAGAAGGGUUUUAAGAAUGAUGAUGAUGUUGUCAUCCGUGCCAACAAUUUGAUAAGCGAAGCUAUUUCUAAGCUAGAAGAUGAAUUUAAGCGGCUAUUAUCAUCUUACAGCAAACCUGUGGAACCUGAGUGCCUCUUUGGUUCUCUUCCAAACUCAAUGCGACCUUCAGCAGCAUCACCAGGUCGUGAUGGUGAUCCUAAUGGAAAGAAUCAUUCUUCUGAUUUCCAUUCUGAGUUACAUAAAAAUAAUGCUGAUGCUGUUCAAUACACACUUCCUGUUCUUAUACCACCAAGAAUUUUGCCGCUGCUCAAUAAUUUAACCCAGCAAAUGGUUCAAGCUGGUCACCAACAACAGUUGCUCAAAGCAUACAGAGAUACCCGUUCUAAAGUAUUGGAAGAAAGCCUGCAAAAGCUUGGAGUUGAAAAACUAAGCAAAGAUGACGUUCAAAAGCUACAAUGGGAGGUUUUGGAAGCCAAAAUUGGAAACUGGAUUCAUUUCAUGCGUAUUGCUGUCAAAUUGUUGUUUGCUGCGGAAUGGAAAGUUUGUGAUCAGAUAUUUGAAGGAUUUGACUCACUUGGUGAUCAGUGUUUCGCUGAAGUAACUGCAAACAGUAUUUUCAUGCUACUUAGUUUUGGAGAAGCAAUUGCUAAAAGCAAGAGAUCACCUGAAAAGUUAUUUGUACUUUUGGACAUGUACGAAAUAUUGCAAGAGAUACAUUCAGAGAUUGAAAUACUCUUUAAAGGCAGAGCUUGCACUAAAAUAAGAGAAGCUGUAAUGGGUUUGGCAAUACAGCUUGCACAAACAGCCCAGGAGACCUUUGGAGAUUUUGAAGAAGCAGUUGAGAAAGAUGCUACAAAGACUGCAGUAACUGAUGGAACUGUCCAUCCUUUGACAAGCUAUGUGAUUAACUAUGUGAAGUUUUUAUUUGACUAUCGAUCUACCUUACACCAACUUUUCCAAGGAAUUGAAGGUGAUUCUUCACAGCUAGCAUCUGUGACAAUGCGGAUAUUGCAAGCUCUCCAAACCAAUUUAGAUGGGAAAUCAAAGCACUAUAGAGACCCUGCUUUGACACAUCUAUUUCUCAUGAACAAUAUUCAUUAUAUUGUCAGAUCGGUUCGGAGGUCUGAAGCGAAGGACUUGUUGGGGGACGAUUGGAUACAACGACAUAGGAAGAUUGUGCAACAGCAUGCCAAUCAAUACAAAAGAAAUGCUUGGGCAAAGAUUCUUCAGUCCCUCUCUAUUCAGGGCCUCAUCUCAUCAAGUGGUGGUGGUGGUAGUACUGCUAGUGGCGAUGCGGGGAGUAGUGGUGCUUCAAGAGCAAUUGUUAAAGACAGGUUUAAGACAUUCAAUACUAUGUUUGAGGAACUUCAUCAGAAACAAUCUCAGUGGACAGUACCAGACACAGAGUUGCGUGAGUCUCUUAUUCUUGCAGUUGCUGAAGUCUUGCUGCCUGCCUACAGAUCAUUUGUGAAACGUUUUGGGCCACUAGUGGAGAAUGUAAAGAGUACUCAGAGGUACGUCAAAUACACUGCUGAAGAUCUAGAGCGAAUCUUAGGUGAGUUUUUUGAAGGAAAAAACAUGAAUGAUAACAAGCGGUAAUCGGAGCCAUGUUGGAGGUAGGCUAGUUUGCCUCUACAUCAUGGUAUUUAGAGAUCAAUAGGAUCUAGAUUUUACAUUUAGCACAUAUGGAAUUUUUAAUGUCUUAGUUUAUCUCUUUUGAGAUGCAUAUAUAUGUAAUAAGGGAUUGGUGCCCCAUCAAACAUGGUGAGGUCAAAGGUCAUAAAGUUCAAAGUAGAGGAGAGGGGAUAGAAGUAAUCUGUUAUUGUAUUUAUUGAUAGAAUAAAGAGAUAUGUAACAAGUGAUACACAAACUAUAUUUAUAGAAGCGAUGAGCAUGGGAGCUACUGGAAUGGGAUCUAUAUAAGUAAACAUAAUCAGAAAUGCUAGCUAAGUAUAGGCAGUUGCAAUAAAUAAGCCACCUAACAAACUAACCCAUGCCAAAUCCAUGAGCUACUAUGCAACUAUGAUCUUGUCACUACAUGUUUGAUUUCACAUUUAAGGUUCUCUGACGCGCGUCAACCGGAAGCGAAAAUUAUAGCUUCUGCAACGUUUAUUUGUAUUUGAUGCAGUUUCAUUAGAUAACGUGUAUAUAAUGCCAAUAAGUUAGGUUGGAAACUAAUGGGGACUUGAACUUAUUACUUGUUAGAUGAAAGACGUAUAUUGUACUA